GGGCUCGGCUUCGGCGGAGGAGGAUGCCUGCGUGCCGGGGGAGCCGCUCCUCCCGCGCCCUGGCCGCCGCCGCGGUGCUGAUGCCGGGCUCGGGAGGGGGUGGGGGCCCCGGCCUGCCCCUGUCCCUCCGCCGCCCCUCCUCGUCCCUCUCGCGGCGCCUGGCCCGGCUCCGGGGGUCCCGCGCCCGCCUCAUGCUGGCCCUGGGCGCCGCCCAGAUGGCCCUGGGCUGCCUCAUCGUGGCCCUCAGCUUCGCCGCCCUCGCCCUCACCACCUCCGCCCGCGUCAGACACUCCUGCCCCUUCUGGGCCGGCUUCUCGGUGCUGUUGUCAGGUCUGAUUGGCGUUGUGUCAUGGAAAAGGCCACUCUCCCUUGUGAUCACCUUUUUCAUGCUCUUGUCGGCUGUCUGUGUGAUGCUCAACUUGGCCGGCUCCAUCCUUUCCUGCCAGAAUGCACAGCUGGUGAACUCGUUGGAGGGGUGCCAACUGAUUAAGUUCGACAGCGACAGCGUCUGUGUCUGCUGUGAGUUGCAGCACCAGAACUCGGGCUGCAGCCUCGGGGAGAUGCUGAAGCUGAACCCCCUGCAGGAAUGCAACAGGGUCCGGCUGACUCUCAAGGACCUGUUGUUCAGCGUCUGCGCUCUCAAUAUCAUCUCGACCAUUGUCUGCGCUUUGGCAACUGCCAUGUGCUGCAUGCAGAUGGUCUCUUCUGACGUCCUGCAAAUGUUUCUGCCCCAGAGAUCUCAUUCUGCCAAUCCGGACUGCAUGACCCCGCACGGGACAAUCCUGCACCAGACCCUGGAUUUUGACGAAUUCAUUCCGCCGAUUCCGCCUCCGCCGUACUACCCGCCCGAGUACACCUGCACCCCUGUGAUCGAAGCACAAAGAGGGCUCCACUUGGACUUUUCACACUCGCCCUUCAAUACUUUGUACGAAGUGUCCAUCAACAGCCCUGGAAUCCUUUAUCCAGCCGAAUUGCCUCCUCCUUAUGAAGCGGUCAUUGGGCAGGCAACAGGGAACCAGGUCACCGCUAUGGAGCAGCAGGUGAUUGAAUCCAGCAUAUUGGAGAGGAACCCGACAACCGACUUCAGCAGCCAAGCCUUGGUGGACGGUCCAUCCCAGAUGGCUUCCGAAGUGGCAGAUCUCCCCAACAGCCACACAUACUCCUCCGGUGACCUCUGCGCCCUGGAGCUCCAGGAGCCCUCCUUCUUUUCCGCAGACCUCUCUGCCUACACGACCCCCCUCAAAGGAGCCACAAAUAGGAGUUGCUCCAGUCUGGACUACGGCAUCCCUUGUGGGUUGCGCAGGACUCGUUCCCCGGACAAUGCGGCCGGCAGCAGGCAGAGCCCGACAUGUACAGACAGAGCCGGCAGCAAGGAGUGUGGGCGCCGCUCUCGCAGUCGAUCUUCAGAUUGCUCCGCGGAGAACUUUGGUGCUGCCGAGAGGGACUGCCCCGGCUUGGUCCGCAAGGGCAAGGCCGCCAGCCCGCCCAAGCUGCGCAAGAUCUGCUGUGGGGUCUUUGGGCCGACGGCUGUGCCACAGCCUCCGUCUCGCUCCGUGCCCGUCAACACGUUACCCCGCAGCUGCCCCGAGCGGAUGGCCCAGCAGCGCACCCGGAGGGCCCGGCUGUCCAACAUCGUCCGAUCCACUAGUGACCCUUUAUCGUGUGUGUCUGCUGCAGAAAGUGAGGAGCGCUGCAGGCAUUUGGUUCCUGUCUCUAGUCCUCAUGUGGCUGCCUCUACUUGUCAGGACGCCGGGCACCAUCUCUUCCCGACUGGGAAGCCGAGGGACCCCCCGAAAUCAGGACAUUCUCGGAAGCCCAAGGCCUUACAGACCCUCUGCAAGGACCGGCCCCACUCUUUGGUGGACCUCCAGGCCUACAAGGACACCAAGGUCCUGGUAGCCAAGUUCCUGGAGCACUCGAACUGUAACCUUCCCCCGGAGGUGCGUCAUGUGGUGAACAGCAUCCGCUCGGUCAUCAAGUCUGACGAGCGACACAUGGAAGAAGCCAUCUUCAGUGCCAACGUUAUUGAUCAGGUGAUCACAAGCUCCCAGCAGAGUGUGGAUACCUCCCGAAAGCGGCUCCAGGAAGACCUCCACCUCCAGAGCUGUGGGGCGCUGAGCUCUCCAGUUGCCUUCUUACGCAGGGCCCACGUCACCCGCACCUUUGAGCGGGGAAGGCCCCACAGCUUCGUCGGAGUUUGUCGGGAGACCGUCCUUUGACCCUAAAUAUUACUUCUGAGGACCAGAUGCCCAUGGAGGAGACCUUGAAGGCCUAGAGCCACGUGUGAAGGAAGGUUCAGCCACAAAGAGAUGGCUGGGAUUGGGACAGAGGAGAGAGAGAGAAGGGGCCGAAAAGGAUCCAGCAACUUACCAUCCGUCUCAGCAAGUCCCGGCCUGGAUCUUCAGUCCCAAAAACCACCUUGUCAUGAGUGCAUCUUCACACAACAACAUUGGCAGAAGGAAUUGGGAGUUUGAAAUGAGAAAACUUUGUAAAGUCUGUGUUUUCCUCCCAUGUUGAAGAAGAUCCCAGCGUAACCGCUUGGGGUAGACACCAUGUGGUUGCUGAGCUCCAACAACAAAUGCUACGGUACAACUUAGAAGUUGUAUGUUCUUCACCGUACCUCAAAAGUAUUUGAACUCAAUCUGAACAGUGUUUUAAUAAAAUAAGGAUGGUCAUGAUCAUUUAAAAAAAAAUCAAAAAAAAGUAUCCCUGGACUGUGCAUCUUCCAGGACUGAUUUAUCAAUGGAUGGGUCUUCUGUUGAGGCAGAAGAAGUUUGGUUAUUAUUCUAUGUCAUAUCUGUUAUAAUUUUUUUUACAUUGUCCCAACUCGAGUAAAAACAUUUCAAGUUGCUCAGAA